AGCUCGGGCUCAUAGGUUGGCAGGAAAUUUAAAACGGCAACAAGCUGCUGCUUGGACCACUCCCAGACUUUUUUUUUCCAUUGAUGCCGGAGACUAUUUAAUUGGGGGCUGACUUGUCAAACUUAACUAUUGAAGCUCACCAGUAGCUGCAAAACCACUGACAGUGAUUUUUUCCUUCCCUUUCUCCUUUUGACAAACUCCCCACGAUGAAGAUGCUGCUGAGGCUGAUUGCUCUGCUCUCUGCUGUCCUGCUUGUCAGCUCGGCUCCUCCGACCUGCUACUCGAGGGUGCUGUCUCUAAGCAAAGAAAUCACAGAGUCUUUUAGGGAUUUACAGACCUCCAAAGCUGUGGAUCCAUGUGUGGAGAUGCUCCCCAGGCUGUAUUUGGACAUACACAAUUACUGUGUGUUGGCAAAACUCCGUGAUUUUGUGGCAUACCCCAGAUGUGAGAGAGUGCUUGAAGUGAGUGCUCUGAAGGAAAAAGCCCGGAGCCUGUACACCAUUAUGAUCUCCUACUGCAGAAGGGACCUGGUGUUCCUAACUGAUGACUGUAGCGCCCUGGAAAAUCCUGCUCUGUUUCCCGCUGCGCCGUCCAUCAUUCAGAGCUAAAAUGGAGCCGGACCACAAGUUUUACCUAAGAAAUUUUAAAGGAGACCAAAAACCAAAACAUAUAUCUGCAGGCAGCUAUAACAUUAACAGCUAAGAUCCUUUUCAAGCAUACUAGCAAUAUUAUCUCAGACCUACCCAUUUUUCUCAGCCUUGGCAGGAAAUGAACUGCAUGCCUUACAUACCUACUGAGCUGCUAGUGAAACUAUGGUUAGGGAGCAUUUUUUCAUCUGGCAAGGUAUGAUGUUUCAGCUUAGCCAAAUGUAUAAAGUAUGUUUUGUUUAAACUCUAGAUACUAGAUUUUUUUUACUCUUUUAUGAAUAACUUGACUCAUAUAAAGGAAAAUAUAUUAUGAUUAAUAUUCUAUCCUGACUUAGCAGUUCCUCUUUCACUAGAUGGGCAUGAAGAGACCAUGCUUAUUUUUGCUAAAGUGUUUGACAGGAAAAGUUUUAGUCGGUACUAGCAGAUGUAUGUCUACCUGUAUAGCUCAUAUGUACACUGAUAGUUUUUUAUGUCAGACUUCUAAGAAUAGAAGUGAAAGUUACCUUUCUUGGUAGAAAACUAAAUAAAAACAGCCUUCUAACCCAA